AUGGCGUUACAACAGCAAAACAACAAUAACGAUACUGAAGACGGCAACAGCGGUAUCAACAUCAAUGUGGUCAGGUCAUGCACGAUGCGGCAGCGUCAGAAGAUGUGCGCGACCAACGGUUGGCUGACGAUGAUGUUCUUGGCGUACUCGUUUCUGUUGACCGUCCGGGUACAUUUCAACUACUCGAUGAUGGUGAUGAUGAUCGUACCGCUAGUGGCGGUACUAGCUGACCGGCCGCCGUGUCCAGGUGCCAUGCUGGACGUGGGCGUGAACUCUACGAUCGUGGUGGCCAAGCGGAUGGACUGGACGAUCCGAGAACAGGCGGUCACGAUGGGCGCAUACUUUUUCGGCACGCUGGUGUCCACUCUCCCGGGCGGCGUGUACUCGAGUCGCGGUUACGAGCGCUCCAUAAUGCUGUGGUGCGUGGCCACCACGUCCGCCACGUUGGCAUUGGUGCCGGUCGCGUUCGUCCAGUACGACAGUUGGUUGGCCGUCACGUUCCUACGGUUCCUGCAAGGGUGUGCGUUUGGACCGACUGGGUCAUGCGGUGGGACGUUGGCUGGUAAAAUUAUACCGAAAACGAACAGGAUUUUAUACUCGACGUUCAUGUUCUCUGGCACAAUGUUCGGCGGCUUCUUCGGGCACUUGUACAGCGGACUUGUCAUACCUAACGUUUCGCACAACGGCAGCUAYUUGGCACUGUCCGUCGUCGGAUUCCUUUGGGUCGCMGUGUGGGCUACCAUGAUACAUCUGACACCAUACGACAGCGACUUAAACAGCAUCCCCAUGUCCGUGUCAUUUAUCUCGACAACAUGGACCGUGAUCAUGCGAUCUAUGCCAUUUGUCAGUCUGCUUAACGCAUCUUUCGGAUUUGGAUUUUUAUACAGUUUCAUUACUACCGGGAUACCGAUUUAUACUGCGAAUGUUCUGGGUGGCAAUGCUGUUAAAAACGGAAUACCAGUAUCUAUGACAUGGUUAAUCGGUUGGAUGACGUCUAUAAUCGCAGGAAUCUCAGCUGCUUCGUUGACGAACGUUAACACAAUUACUAAGACAACAAUCAGGAAGAUGUACGUAGGAAUUGUUUUAAUCGGAUCACCGAUAAUGCUUUUUGGCGUCAUGGUCGCUGGAUGUCAAGAGUCAUAUGUGAAAACGUUCACGAAAAUGUCUGUGAUAUUAUUGGGAUUCGAAAGAAGCAGUAUUCGAAUAAAUUCCAUGGACUUAUGUCCUGGUUAUGUGGGAAGUCUAAUAGCAAUGUGUGAUGUUUUUUACUCUAUGGGAAAUCUAAUUGAUUUAGUGGUGGUUCGAAGUUUAUUUUCAGACACCAUGAACUGGAGCGUAACAUUCCAGGUGACUAUCAUUUUGUCAAUUUCUUGCAGCAUACUAUUUCUAUUAUUCGGUUCCUCACUACAACAAUGCUGGGAUCAAAGAUACAUACGUCCGUAAACGCAAGAUAUUCAUGCGUGUGAUGUUUAA